AUGGAGAAAGGGUUGUCGUCGUCGAAGAAGAAGAAAUGGGAUAUCCAAGGCAAGGAAGAAGAUGGCAAAAUGGCGUCGUCCAUUACCUUUAGAACAGUUCAGGCAAAGAUUACGGCAAAUCUGAAUAAACCAGACACAAGGCCGUUCAUUCCCUUCGUACAAGGCGAUCCAUCGGCUUUUUUUCGGACCACUCUGGUAGCCGAGGGCGCCAUUGUUGAUUCUCUCUGUUCUGCUAACUUCAAUGGUUACGCUCCUGCUGCUGGAAUUGAACGGCCGCCAGAACAGCAUCUCUCUUGUGGACUACCAUACAAAUUAUCACCAAAUGAUGUGUAUCAAACUGCUGGUGCCAUUCAUGCAAUUGAAGUCCUUAUAAUGGUGCUUGGGCGUCUUCCUGGAGCCAAUGUAUUACUUCCUAGACCUGGGUAUCCACAAUAUGCAGCUUCUGCUGCAUUUGCCAAUCUUGAAAUCCGACAUUUCAACCUUCUACCAGAAAAGGGUUGGGAGGUUGAUCUUGAUGAUGUCGAAGCUCUUGCAGAUGACAACACUGUUGCCAUGAUAGCCGAGAGUGCAAAAAAGCUUGGGAUAUUAGUGAUUGCAGAUGAAGUUUAUUACUAUCUAGCUUUUGGGAGAAACCCUUUUGUGCCAAUGGGAGUGUUUGGAUUGAUCAAUCACUCUUGGCCUUGUUUGGGAAUAUGA